GGCCCGAGGCCCCGAGAGCAGGGAAGCCGGGCAGCCCCGGGACGCGGCGGAGCCCGGGGACAGCGGGGACGCCGCCCAGUCCGCCGGGCAUGAAGCUAAAAUGCAGUGGUUAAGAGCACGGGCUCUGGAGCUUGACAGGCCUGACAUUGCAUCCCAGGUCCUCCGCUGACUGAGCCUUGCGAUCCUGGGCAAGUUUCAAAGCUUCUCUGGGCCUCAAAUUAUUCAUGUAAACGGGGAUAGUAAUAGUAUCUUCCUCUUACCUACUUCUUAGGGCUGGUGUAAGGACUAAAUAUGUGUAAAGCUCUUAAAAGAAUGUCUGGCAAGUAGUAAGCUCUCCAUAAAUGUUAACUGUUAUUAACGUUAUGGUGAAACACCACACAUACCUACCUCACUUCUCACGACUGUGUUUUUCCUAGCUGCCUCUAAUUCUUAGAAUUCAACCUGUCCUGUCACCAUUUUGAUCCUCUCUCCCAGCUCUCUUCAUGUCAGUUAGUUUUACCCAAGCCAAGGCUGAACUCUUCUUAACUCAUCUCUCUCAAUUCUGAGGGACCCUGUGUCUGUCUAAUCACCCCUGACAUGUGUGUGUAUGGGGAUGGGUGGGAGAGAAGGAUUGCCAGCCACUGGCCUUCGUGGGAGUGGCUAAAGUGGGGAGAGCGACAGUAAAGUUUCCAGAAGCAGUCUAUGUAAGAAAAAGGAGAAAAGAAGUCCCCCAAAUUAGGUCUCCUUAAAACUGUGGUUUCUGAUCACACUGUCCUUAUUCUUUCUCUCUCUCUCAUUGGUUGGAUAUGACUCUUAAGCUCCUGUUGCUCUCUAUCACCCAGCCCCUCUCAACUGUUUUUGUAAUAGGACUCAAUCCCUGAUAACUCUCUAGGCUAGCCCAGGGACCCUUCUGAGCUGUAGAACCACCUUGGCUAAGCUAGGAAGGAGAACUGGAACGUACAGACUCUGGACUCAGCUCUCUGGUUUUUCUCAGGUUCCAAUGAUGUGGUCUGCUCUGGGUUUACAUUUUAGCUCCUGGCACAGUUGAGGUGAAAGUCAGGGGGUGGGGAAUUUUUCUCAAGCAAUGGAAAGGAGAGUCCUCAAGCUCUGGGUUUGGAAGCUAAUAGAAUGAUUAGCUCCGUCUAUCUUUCCCCUUGAAUUCCCCCACCAUAGUGUCGACUUGAUUGCGAGUUAGUUAGUGCUGUUGGCUGUGAUACUGGGUUUGAUUGAUGAGGAAGAUUAACAGACUCAUGAGUUUCCUCUUAUCUGAUGUUUCGUUGGAGCAUGGGACUUUGGGGUUUUCUGUCCCUUCCUCACAGAAUGAGCAGAGCUCUUACUGGCUGGCCAAUUGCUCAGUCACAGGCUUGGGACUUCUUUCAGAGCAGGCCUGUUUUCAGCCUCCUGGGCUGUUUGGCCUCUUGUUGAUGGGAGAUUUGUUCCCUUCCAGCACUUGGGUAUGCUGCUCCAGUUCUAAGCUUAGUUUGGGGAGGAAAAUUUGAACACUCAUUUCGGUAUUCUAAGACAGGGAACAACUGUGAAGCUAAGGUAUGGGACUCAGCUUGUGUUCUUCUUCUACAGGAGCUUUUUUUGGAGAACAAAUCAGCCAGUGAGCAGGAGAUAGUGGGGGAAGAGAUUGUGAACUUUGCUGACCUCUGAUGUGAGGAGCUCAGCCAGGGCUGAGGGUGGAGCCUGGCUUAAUUUGCAGCCUGAAGCCAUGGGCUGGGGGUCAUGGUGACCUGAGACCAGUGGACUCUGUCCAGUUACCCCCUGCUGCCCCUUCUACCUCCCCUACCCUAUGCUAAGGGGACUUAUUUCCACCUCUUCAGGGAACUCACCCUGAGGGAAUCCCUUUCCCCUAUUUUCCUAUCUUCUACCCUCCCAAGAGAGUCCCAACCUAUAGAACUUCAACCUCCCAUCCCCUGAGGUGGUCCCCAUUCCUUCCUCCCUUCCCCCGCCAUGCUCCAGCUGUGGAAGGUGGUACGCCCAGCCCGGCAGCUGGAACUGCACCGGCUCAUACUGCUGCUGAUCGCUUUCAGCUUGGGCUCCAUGGGCUUCCUGGCCUACUAUGUAUCUAUCAGCCCCAAGGCCAAGGAACCGUUGCCCCUGCCCUUGGGAGACUGCAGCAGUGGUGGGGCAGCUGGCCCUGGCGCUGCGCGGCUUCCAGUCCCACCCCGGCCCCCCAAGCCUCCAGAGACAGUUCGAACUGAACCCGUUGUCCUUGUGUUUGUGGAGAGUGCAUACUCACAGCUGGGGCAGGAGAUCGUGGCCAUCCUAGAGUCUAGUCGUUUUCGUUAUAGCACUGAGCUGGCACCUGGCCGAGGGGAUAUGCCCACACUGACUGAUCAUACCCAUGGUCGCUAUGUCUUGGUCAUUUAUGAGAACUUGCUCAAGUAUGUCAACCUAGAUGCCUGGAGUCGGGAACUGCUAGACCGGUACUGUGUGGAGUAUGGUGUGGGCAUCAUUGGCUUUUUCCGAGCCCAUGAGCACAGCCUACUGAGUGCCCAGCUAAAGGGCUUUCCCCUUUUUCUACACUCAAACUUGGGGCUCCAGGAUUACCAAGUAAAUCCUUCUGCCCCCCUACUGCAUCUGACACGCCCCAGCCGCCUGGAGCCUGGGCCACUGCCUGGUGAUGACUGGACCAUCUUCCAAUCGAAUCAUAGCACAUAUGAACCCGUGCUUCUUGCCAGCCUUCGGCCAGCUGAGCACCCUGUACCAGGAUCAAUGCCUCGUCGGGCCCGGCUUCCCACUGUGGUACAGGACCUGGGGCUUCAUGAUGGCAUACAGCGGGUGCUGUUUGGCCAUGGCCUUACCUUCUGGCUCCACAAACUUGUCUUCGUCGAUGCUGUUGCGUACCUCACUGGCAAGCGCCUCUGCCUGGACCUUGACCGCUAUAUCUUGGUAGACAUUGAUGACAUCUUUGUGGGCAAGGAAGGUACCCGCAUGAAGGUGGCUGAUGUUGAGGCUCUGUUGACCACCCAGAACAAACUCAGGACCUUAGUCCCCAACUUCACCUUCAACUUGGGCUUCUCGGGCAAGUUUUAUCAUACUGGGACAGAGGAGGAGGAUGCAGGGGAUGACAUGCUGCUGAAGCACCGCAAAGAGUUCUGGUGGUUCCCUCACAUGUGGAGCCACAUGCAGCCACACCUGUUCCACAAUCGCUCUGUGCUGGCGGACCAGAUGAGGCUCAACAAACAGUUUGCUCUGGAGCAUGGGAUUCCCACGGAUCUGGGGUAUGCUGUGGCCCCUCACCACUCGGGCGUGUACCCCAUCCACACUCAGCUCUAUGAGGCCUGGAAAUCUGUGUGGGGCAUCCAGGUGACCAGCACUGAGGAGUAUCCCCAUCUCCGCCCUGCCCGCUACCGCCGUGGCUUCAUUCACAAUGGCAUUAUGGUGCUGCCCCGACAGACUUGUGGUCUCUUCACUCACACAAUCUUCUAUAAUGAGUAUCCUGGAGGUUCUCGUGAACUAGACCGGAGCAUCCGAGGUGGAGAGCUCUUUCUGACCGUGCUGCUUAAUCCGAUCAGCAUCUUUAUGACCCAUCUGUCCAAUUAUGGAAAUGACCGCCUGGGCCUGUACACCUUUGAGAGCCUGGUGCGCUUCCUCCAGUGCUGGACUCGACUACGACUACAGACCCUUCCUCCUGUUCCUCUUGCACGAAAGUACUUUGAACUUUUCCCUCAGGAGCGAAGCCCCCUUUGGCAGAAUCCCUGUGAUGACAAGAGACACAAAGAUAUCUGGUCCAAGGAAAAAACCUGUGAUCGGCUCCCCAAGUUCCUCAUUGUGGGACCCCAGAAGACAGGGACCACAGCUAUUCACUUCUUCCUGAGCCUGCACCCAGCUGUGACUAGCAGCUUCCCUAGCCCCAGCACUUUUGAGGAGAUUCAGUUCUUCAAUGGCCCUAAUUAUCACAAGGGUAUUGACUGGUACAUGGACUUCUUCCCUGUCCCUUCCAAUGCCAGCACUGACUUCUUAUUUGAAAAAAGUGCCACCUACUUUGACUCAGAGGUUGUACCACGGCGGGGGGCUGCCCUCCUGCCACGAGCCAAAAUCAUCACUGUGCUCAUCAACCCUGCUGAUAGGGCCUACUCCUGGUACCAGGUCUGCCUGAAGCUAGGGAUAUAUUGGGGCUUCAGGGGGGGUUGCGGGGAGAUGGUGACUGCUAGAAAGACAGAAAGGAAUGAGGGAAUGGAAACUAAGCUAGUGCCUUGGGAGGAGAUCCUAUACUGUCACCAGACCAAGAAUAAGGACAGGAUAGUUCUGUCAGAUCACCAGUCCUUUCUCUUCCUACUCCUUGUCCUUCAGCACCAGCGAGCACAUGGAGACCCAGUUGCCCUGAACUAUACCUUCUACCAGGUGAUUUCAGCCUCCUCCCAGGCCCCUCUGGCACUUCGCUCCCUGCAGAACCGCUGUCUUGUCCCUGGCUACUAUUCUACCCAUCUACAACGCUGGCUGACUUACUACCCCUCUGGACAGUUGCUGAUUGUGGAUGGGCAAGAGCUGCGUACCAACCCAGCAGCCUCAAUGGAGAGCAUCCAGAAGUUCUUGGGUAUCACACCCUUUCUGAACUACACACGGACCCUCAGGUUUGAUGAAGAUAAGGGAUUUUGGUGCCAGGGACUUGAAGGUGGUAAGACUCGCUGUCUAGGCAAGAGCAAAGGCCGGAGGUACCCAGAUAUGGACACUGAGUCCCGCCUUUUCCUUAUGGAUUUUUUCCGGAACCAUAAUUUGGAGCUGUCAAAGCUGCUGAGCCGGCUUGGACAGCCAGUGCCCUCAUGGCUUCAGGAAGAACUGCAGCAUUCCAGUCUGGGCUGAUGUCCCAGCCUCCCGUACCAGCAAAAAGCCCCCUGCUUCCCUAAGGGGCAAGCCCAGAACAGGGCCCAUAAAGGAGAUUAGAGUGGCCUGGCCCCUUCUACCUCAGUGGCCCCCAGGCCUGGGAUGGCUGAGAAGGGAAGAGCAUCCCUUUCACAUAGCUCCGGGGCCUAAUAAAAGGGCUUCCCUUGGUACCCCACAUCAUGGUACUAGGUACCUUUGACCCAUGAUCCUGGGAGGGGGGAAGGAGUGAGAGGGUCCAGGCAGGGUGUAGAAGAAUGUAUUAGUCCAGUGUUUUCCUUCUUUGUCCCCAGCAGUGUAUCUUACUAUCUAUACCUGGCUAUGGGAGGGGCCCCUCUAGUCAGGCACUGGGAUCUACCUGUGGCCUGGCCUCCCUAAUGUCAUUCAUAUUGAAUGGGGAUGAGGCCGGACAGUGGCUCAUAGAGCUGAGUAUGAGCCCUAGCUGUGGGCUAGAAAUGUCUUUAAUAAACAUCCUUAUUUUUCUGUUU